AUGGCUCAGCGUAUAGAAUCCAGCACAGAAAGCGACGAUAACGGCAAAUUCAGGACUGAUCUGACAGAGGACAGUCAAAAGGAAUCUUCUGGAUCGUUGUCGGGCGCCGAUACUUGGAAUUUUGCGCUCUUGGUUGUUUUAUAUCUUCUUCAGGGUGUGCCUGUCGGCCUGACAUUCGGCAGUAUCCCGUUCUUGCUAAAGGCAAAGCUGAGUUAUUCGCAGAUCGGCAUCUUUUCACUGGCACAUUACCCAUACAGCAUGAAGUUUCUCUGGUCCCCAAUUGUUGAUGCCAUUUAUAACAAAGGUUUCGGCCGUAGAAAGUCGUGGAUUGUGCCAAUUCAGCUCAUGACGGGGUUGAUGUUUUUGUGGCUGGGAACGAAGAUCGAGGGCUGGAUGGCUCAGGAACACAUCGCCGUUGGCACGCUCACCGUCGUGUUCUUUAUGUUGAUCUUUUUCUGCGCGACUCAGGAUAUUGCGGUCGAUGGAUGGGCAUUGACACUGUUGUCCAAGGAGAACCUGUCUUACGCUUCGACUGCACAAACCAUCGGACUCAACACAGGAUACUUUUUGUCGUUCACGGUCUUUUUGGCGUUCAACUCUCCUGAAUUCAGCAAUAAGUAUUUCAGGACAGAGCCUCAGGACUAUGGUCUGGUGCCCCUGGGAGGCUACCUCAAGUUUUGGGCCGUCAUGUACCUAGCCAUCACUCUCUGGCUGGUCUUGAUGAAAAAGGAGGAGCGAACUCACUUGGAUGAGGAUGAUAUCGGCAUUAAGGCUGUCUACCAGAUCAUUCUCCGGAUCAUCAGGCUGCCCCACAUGAAGUCGUUCAUGGUUGUUCUUUUGACUGCCAAGAUCGGAUUUAUUGCCAAUGACGCCGUAACAGCACUGAAGCUGCUCGAGAAGGGAUUCAGUAAGGAGGACUUGGCCUUGGCAGUCUUGAUCGACUUCCCUUUCCAGAUCAUCUUUGGAUACUAUGCUGUUCGAUGGAGCUCUGGAGCUCGUCCCUUGAAGCCGUGGCUCUGGGCAUUUUUCGCGCAUUUGGCCUGUUGUGUUAUUGCCAUGCUUCUUGUCUACGGUUUCCCAGCAGAUGGCGUGGUCACACCAGCAUACUUUUACAUGGUCCUGAUCACCACUGUUGCCACCUCCUUCACAAGCACCGUCGCAUUCGUGAGUAUGGGAGCAUUUAUGACCGUGAUCGCUGAUCCUGUCAUCGGUGGAACCUAUAUGACUCUUCUGAAUACGCUGAGUAACUUUGGAGGCACCUGGCCUCGAUUCUUUGUCCUCGAAGCAGUUGAUUAUUUCACUGUCUCCAGUUGCUCCGUUGUCAACAAAAAGGGCGAAGAAUUCUCUUGCACGGCUGAGUCGGGCAAGUCGAUGUGCGAGAGUCUUGGUGGCGAGUGCGUGCUCCAGCAGGACGGAUACUAUCUUGUCAGCUCAAUGUGCGUGCUGAUUGGAGGAUUGAUGCUUGUGUUCUACAUCGCGCCUACGAUCCGGUAUCUCGAGUCAUUGAAUCCAAAGAAGUGGAAGUUGGAUCAAAAAUAA